GGAAACGGAAGCGGACGCAAAUCUUGCAAAGAUGAGCUCGGAAGAAGUUUCCGACGGAGAGACGGAGGAGGAAGCAACCGAAGAACAGAACUUACCAAAAUCUUGGUUCGGUUCCUUUACCCGGCUGCUGAGAGCUGGCUCGUUUACGAAAAUGCCUUGCGCUUGUAAUCGGAACAACUGGAGGAGAUGGAUUCGACCCCUGCUCGUACUUAUUUACGUAGUUUCCAUCCUGGUCGCGGUUCCUCUGUGUAUUUGGGAACUCCAGAAACUGAAGGUUGGAAUCCACACUAAAGCUUGGUUUAUUGCUGGAAUAUUUCUGCUGUUGACGAUACCUGUGUCAAUGUGGGGAAUUCUUCAACAUCUGGUACAUUACACACAACCUGAACUUCAAAAACCCAUCAUAAGGAUUCUUUGGAUGGUUCCAAUAUAUAGUUUGGAUAGUUGGGUGGCUUUGAAAUAUCCCAAAAUUGCAAUAUACGUGGACACCUGGAGGGAAUGUUAUGAAGCAUAUGUCAUCUAUAACUUCAUGAUAUUUCUUAACAACUACCUGACAAUUCGAUUCCCAAACUUGAUGCUACACCUGGAAGCUAAAGAUCAGCAAAACCACCUCCCUCCUUUAUGCUGCUGUCCACCAUGGGCAAUGGGGGAAAUGCUGCUUUUUAGAUGCAAACUAGGAGUGUUACAGUACACAGUGGUCAGACCAAUUACUACCGUAACUGCUCUGGUGUGUGAAAUCCUUGGAGUAUACGAUGAGGGGAACUUUAGUUUCUCCAAUGCUUGGACCUACCUGGUUAUAAUAAACAAUUUGUCACAACUGUUCGCCAUGUACUGCCUUCUGCUGUUUUACCAAGUGCUCAAGGAAGAACUCAGCCCUAUACAACCUGUUGGCAAGUUUCUCUGUGUGAAGCUUGUCGUCUUCGUCUCCUUUUGGCAAGCAGUACUUAUUGCUUUGUUGGUUAAAGUUGGCGUUAUUUCAGAAAGGCGCACCUGGGAAUGGCAAAGUGCAGAAGCUGUGGCCACGGGCCUGCAGGACUUUAUAAUCUGCGUUGAAAUGUUCCUUGCGGCAAUCGCCCAUCAUUAUAGUUUCUCCUAUAAGCCCUACGUGCAUGAAGCGGAGGAGGGCUCCUGCUUUGACUCCUUCCUCGCUAUGUGGGACUUGUCAGAUAUCAGAGAUGAUAUUUCUGAACAAGUAAGACGAGUCGGGAGGACAAUGCGAGGUUAUCCCAAAAAAAAGUGUUUUCCUGGAGACCCGGAUCAUACCGAACAUUCAAGCCUGCUUUCUUCAUCAUCACAAGGUGCAGUUUCUGGUGGUUCAAAGACAUCCUCACCAGUGGGCCUGUACCAAGGCUUUGGACACACAGUUACUUCACCAAGUCCACUUUCUAUAGACAGCCUAUAUGAAGAUAUCAUGAGUGAUAUCCAAGAAGAGAGAGAGUUUCUUGAUAUAAACCAAGAUACCACGAUUAACAUCCCUGAAGAUCAGUCUUCCGAUACAAGCCAAGGUCAAGACUUUGAACCCACGGUUCCUUUACAGGCUACACUUUUUGCUGCCAAGCCAUGUAACAACACAUUUGACAUCCCAUAAGAGCAGGAGCCUUCCCGAACACCCAUGGACCCUUAAAGCUACCACAACCCUCAUUUCAAAGAUAGGCAAAACCCAGAUACAACUACUAGAUAUAAUACACACAUAUGUACAUGUCAGUAUACAUAUAUAUAUAUAUAUUUGUAUAUGUUUUGUAUAUCACAAAUAUUAUUUAAAUUUCCUAGGCUUUAGCUUUCUUAAACUGUUAAAGUAUCAUAUAUUCAAAGAGUAGGUAGCAACUUUAGCAAAAUUCUCUUGAAUUUCUCAAAAGGACAUUUAAAAACAAAAACCAGUGCUUCUUACCACUGCAUGAGUGCAAUGCAAAUGUAAAUAUAUUUACUGAAAAUGUAAAUAUAAACUUCAGAUUAAUUGAAUUUAAUGUAAUCCCAAUCAUGUGCCAUUUAACUUUACAUAAUUAUACUUUAAACUCUCAGA